ACCCUAAUCUCUUGAGUCACUUCCACCACUAGUGUUUUUUGUUGAUGGCGCAGUGGCUGCAGUUUUUUAGUUUUUGAGGCGCUCUCAACCACCAUGGACUUCGCCAGCGUGCUCGGAAAGAGCGAGGCGCACCAGCGCACCGUUAUCCAUCUGGACAUGGACUAUUUCUACGCACAGGUGGAGGAGAUCCGGGAUCCAACGCUACGCACCAAAGCCCUUGGCAUUCAACAGAAAAAUAUUGUAGUUACCUGCAAUUAUGUUGCCCGAGCUAGAGGUGUCUCCAAACUGAUGCUCAUCGAGGAGGCGCAGCGGCUGUGCCCGGACUUGGUUCUAGUCAACGGCGAAGAUCUUGCGCCAUAUCGACAGAUGUCGCAAAAGAUCUUCGACUUGUUGCUGAACUACACGCCGUUGGUGGAGAAGCUGGGCUUCGACGAGAACUUUAUGGAUGUGACGUCCCUGGUGGAGCUCCGUCAGGCCCACAACGCUGAGGCGCAGCAGAAACCAGCCGUGGGUCAUAUCUAUCCGGAGGACGGUACUCCCUUGUCGGCUUGUGAUUGUGGCUGUGCCCAGAGGCUGGCCAUUGGUUCGCGGAUAGCUCAGGAAAUCAGGGAGGAGCUUAAGCUUAGGCUGGGCAUCACGUGCUGUGCCGGGAUCUCCUACAACAAACUCCUGGCGAAGCUCGUCGGCAGCAGCCACAAACCGAAUCAACAAACUGUCCUCGUUUCAACCUACGCCGAGCAAUUUAUGCGCGACCUGGGCGAUCUAAAGCGAAUCACGGGAAUUGGUCAGAAAACGCAAUGUUUGCUCCUGGAGGCUGGUAUGUCCACGGUGGAGCAACUGCAGCAGUGUGAUAUGGACGUGAUGCGAAAGAAGUUCGGCUUUGAAACUGCCACUAGGCUAAGAGAUCUAGCUUUUGGUCGGGACACGGGCUUGGUGCGACCAACUGGGAAGCCGAAAACCAUUGGCAUGGAGGACUCUUGCAAGCCCAUUUCUGUGCGAACAGACGUCGAGGAAAGGUUCCGAAUGCUGCUGAAGCGAUUGGUCGAGCAGGUUUCAGAGGACGGACGCAUUCCCAUAUCCAUCAAAGUGGUGCUGCGCAAGUUCGACUCCCAGAAGAAAAGCAGUCAUCGCGAAACCAAGCAAGCCAACAUCCUGCCUUCUCUCUUCAAAACGUCCGUGUGUCCAGGAGAAACUGGAGUGAGCAAAGUCCAACUAGCGGACGGAGCACAAGAUAAACUUCUUAAAAUUGUCAUGCGCCUGUUUGAGCGAAUUGUGGAUUUGAGCAAACCCUUUAAUAUCACCCUGCUCGGACUGGCCUUCUCCAAGUUCCAGGAACGGAAAGUUGGCUCCUCGUCCAUUGCCAAUUUUCUGAUCAAGAAGGCGGAUCUAGAGGUUCAGUCCAUAACCUCGCUGACAAAUACAAGCCUAACGAGUCCCACAGCCGAGAGUCCGACCUCGGAUGAAAGCGCCUUUCGAUCCUCUCCAACUACUUUCAAGCCGAGCGAUCAGUUCUACAGGCGACGGGCCACCACGGCAUCGCCGGUGCCGAUGAUGAUGGACAAUGGCUCGGAAUCGGCGGCCACUAAUUCGGAUUUCAGUGAUUUUUCUGAGACGGAGGUGGAGCCAUCACCGAAAAAGAGUCGAGUUGGCCGACUACUCGUGUCCAAGCGCAGCCGACUGGCGGCGGAUGUUGGGGAGAAUGCCGCAGAUGUCGCCUCGCCCAGCAAAUUACGCGUCUGUGAUCUGCGUUUGAAUUCGCGGGACAGCGAGAAGGACUUCCCCAUUAGCACAACGCCCACAGCUUCCACAUCAGCGGCGGCUCCUCGCUUCCGCACCGUCCAGCCACCGAAUACGCUAAUGCAGCGGAUCGACGGCAGCCUUCGCUUUUUGUCCACGCGCACCACAAGCCGCCUCAGCUCGAACGCCAGCUCUACUGCCUCCUCGCCACUUCCCUCGCCCAUGGACGACUCUGCAAUGAGCGCGCCAAGUACUCCAACGACGGCUUUUGCUUCGCCCAUCGCAGCUAUGGUCACCACCACCACCGCCACCACCAGCAGCCUUACUGACAUCGCCUGUCCAGCUGGUGUGGAUGCGGAGGUCUUCAAGGAACUACCUGUUGAGUUGCAGACGGAGCUAAUCGCCUCGUGGCGCACCUCACUAGUGGCGGCAGUGGAGCAAACCAACGGUGGUGAAAGAAGGGCUAAUCCUAGUGCCGCGCCAGCUGCAGCAACCACUGCGAGUGGUGGGGGCCAGAAAAAUACAUUGUAUCGCUACUUUUUGCGAAACAAGUGAAGCAGUGCAUCAACUAUUAUUGGCAGCCAAGAGCAUCACAUCACCUAUAGUUGUAAGGCCAAAGUGAAUAAAUCCGUUUAUAUAUCCAUAUUCUAUAUUUUUGUAGGUGAUACGGUUACAGAUUAUAUUUCCGAGGUCGCCGCUUUGGACCAUCGUAAGAUAAGAUAAAUUCGGGUAGGUCGCUUCACAAAGACUUGAGAUACAUUUUAAAAUCGUAUAGACUUUGUCUAAAGAAAUGUAAGGCAAAUGAUUUUUUGUAACAUUGAAUUUCCUAAUAUAUAUAUUUUCAUAAAUUAUUCAAGAGACAAAUACAUCACAUUUUAUUUUUCGAAGAAGGCUUGUAAGGAAUAGUUUGUUGAAGUAAUCGACGCGACUCACAGAAAUAACUUGAAAUACUCGAUGCGUCAGUCAGUUUUGCGGCUGGAGGCAGUUGAAAAAUAUUAAUUGUACAUACAUUUCUCGAUUUGGUGCUAAUUUCCAAGCCGCGAACCUAAAGAGGAACACAGAGUAGUGUUGAAAUAAGUUUAUUACACUUCAAAUUUGUUUACUCCAUUAUUAUCAUACAUUCAAGAUUAAAAAAUUGGUUGGGUUACCUACUUACGCAUAAGUUAAUACAGAAUAUAUCUCAUUCCCCGGACAUCUCUCAACGACAACGAAAGGAACAAAACCAGCUAAUUGAGCUCGACUUGAUACAAGUUUCUUAGUUCUUACCUCUCAAUGGCAACGAAAGUUAAACAGUAUAAAAUAUAUGUGGUCUUAUGCUAACGAUGUUAUAAUAAAGUUAAGUCCUUAGUUUAGGAAA